UCGCGAGACCCGAAUCCCGACUUGGGCGCCGGGGAAACCCCGUUGCUCCCUUUCCCCUGGCUGGCAGCGCGGAGGCCGCACGAUGCCUGGAGUUACUGUAAAAGACGUGAACCAGCAGGAGUUCGUCCGAGCCCUGGCAGCCUUCCUCAAAAAGUCCGGGAAGCUGAAAGUCCCUGAAUGGGUGGACACUGUCAAGCUGGCCAAACAUAAAGAGCUUGCUCCCUACGAUGAGAACUGGUUCUACACGCGAGCUGCUUCCACAGCGCGGCACCUGUACCUCCGGGGUGGUGCUGGAGUCGGCUCCAUGACCAAGAUCUAUGGGGGACGUCAGAGAAACGGUGUCAUGCCCAGCCAUUUUAGCAGAGGCUCCAAGAGCGUGGCCCGCAGGGUCCUCCAAGCCCUGGAGGGGCUGAAAAUGGUGGAAAAGGACCAAGAUGGAGGCCGCAAACUGACACCUCAGGGACAGAGAGAUCUAGACAGAAUCGCUGGACAGGUGGCUGCUGCCAACAAGAAGCAUUAGAACAAAUGAUGCUGGUUAAUAAAUUGCCUCGUUCGUAA